CGUAGAAUGUACAGAACGUCGGAGACUUCUCUACUCAGUUGAUGUGUCUACUGUGGGCGGUGAGCACAGAAAGAAAUGGAGAAAGAAUUGUGUGAAGCGGUGGAGAGAGGUGAUAUUCCAUUAGUAACGGGUUUUUUGGAAUUGGAUGUUGAUGUUAAUACGCGUGAUGAGCAUGGGGACACUCUUCUGAUACAAGCGUGUUUGUAUAAUCAGAAGGAAAUAGUUCAGUUUCUGCUCACUAAAUCAGCAGAUGUUAAUGUGACUGGCUGGUGGGGACAGACGGCUUUGAUAAGAGCAGCAGUGUAUGGGUUUUACGACAUCAUUGACAUAUUAUUGAAGACCAAAGAUAUUAAUGUGAUGAAGAAAGAUGAUGAGGGAAUGACAGCCAUACAUUGGGCUGCACUGAAAAAUCACAUGACCAUUUUAGAGAGACUUUUGUCUUGUUCUGUUCCUGUUGAUAUCAAUGAUAAUGAUGGUCGUACACCACUGUUGUUUGCUGCCUGUUGUUGUCAUGUGUGUUGUGUUGAUGUUCUUCUAAAACAUGGAGCGAGUCCCCAACAUAAGAAUGAGAGGUAUGGAUCACCACUGGAGGUUGCCAGGCAAUUAGGUCACAGUAAUGUGAUUGAGAUGAUGGAAGAAGCCAUAAGAUUGACAUCUCAUCCUUAUGUGGAGGGUCGCAUGUCUGUCAUGAGACAUCAAUACCAACAGACAAUUGCUGAACAGCAGAGUGAGAUUAUGCGUCUCAGAACGGCAGCAGCUGAUACAGUUUGUGAAGGCCACACGGUUUCUGAUGAAUCUUGGGUGCUGUCACAGCCACCAGAACUCAUCAUGCUUGCUGUCAGUGCUCUGGCUUGUGAUCGUUGGAGUGAUGUUGGUCUUGCAUUAGACUACACAGUGAGUGUUCUCAUCGCACACACUGCAUCCAUUGCUGACCCUUGCAGCAAACUGCAUUUCAUACUGAGAACGAAAGCCGAAUCUGUUGGUGCCAGAAAUGUUGUUCCUAUCAUCUUGUCUGCUUGCCAGCAGAUUUCUAUGCCAAUUUGUGCUGCUGCAAUAAGAGAUGAGGUGGAACGUCAAGAGAGACUGAAAAACACAGAACAGUGGACAAUAGAAUAAUUGACUUUGUCACUUAUUUGUUUGCAUGGCUGAUCGGACCGGUAUGGUUUAUUGUUGAUGUAGGCAAGUGAUGUGUUACGUUUUGGAAGGUAGCACAUCUUCCUUGUUUGUAAUGCUACAUGAUUUCUUGCUGUUUUUACAUUAUAAUUAUGGUUAUCUUAAUAAAAUAAUUUGAU